AAGCGCUGCUGCAACGAGAACAGUCGCAAGGUGUCCGUGGGGUUCCUGAUGACGCUGCUCAUCGCCGCCUCCUGGGUGGGCGCCGCCCACAUGCUCAAGGCCACCUUCGCCACCAGUAACAGCCCCGCCAACCAGCGGCUCACCCGGGAAGGACGCCUCAACAUCACCGAGGUGACAUUCGACGCACCCUUCUUUACGACGUGGGUGUGUGCCAGCUUCAACACCUUCUUCUUCCCCAUCUUCCUGAUGGGACGCCUUUGCUCUAGAACUGAAAAGACGACAGCCAAGAAUGUUCUAAUCGAGACGCUGACGCAGCUGCAGGAGAAGCGUUUCAGCUUCUCGCAGUUUUUCUCCCGCUGCGGCCUGUUCUGCCUGCUGUGGGUGGUCACAAACUACGCGCUCAUCUAUUCCCUCCGUAUUCUGGACACGACGGAUGUGCUGGCGCUCUACGCGUCGAACGUGUCCUUUGUCUACCUCCUCUCCUGGGUCAUCCUCCACGAGCAGUUCGUCGGGAUCAGGAUCGUUGCCGUUAUCCUGUGCAACACGGGCAUCGCCCUGCUAGCAUACAUGGAUGGCGUCACCCGCACCAUAACCCUCGCAGGCGUGGUUCUAGCCGCAGGAGCAGCCGCCGGAUCUGGAGUCUACAAGGUGACAUUCAAGAAGUUGAUCGGAGACGUGUCGUUCGGCCAGUUGUCGCUCUUCUUCACCCUCAUCGGAUUCCUCAACCUGCUGUUCGUCUGGCCCGUGUUCCUCGCGCUGUACCUGCUGCGCGGGGAGACCAUCAUCUGGACUCGGAUGCCCUGGGGAAUGCUCAUGGGAGCCGGAGCUCUCUCCCUGCUGUCUAAUUUGCUGGGAAACUUCGGCAUCAUGUGGACCUUCGAGAUCUUUCUAACACUAGGACUUGCAUUUGCAGUGCCAAUUUCAGCAAUCGUGGAUGUCUACAUCUACGAAGUACUCUUUGAAGGCAUGAAGCUCGCUGGCAUCCUCCUCAUCCUGAUCGGAUUUAUGCUGGUCCUUCUUCCCGACGACUGGCCCGACUACCUCACCAUGAUGCUGAGGUACCGGCGCACCAGUCGCCGUCGCAAGACUCCCAAGAAGGCAGUGCCUCAAGACACGACCACGGGUCAUCGCUCCAGGUUACGGACCCCCUCCGGCCGUGUCAAGUAG